AUGGAGGAUAUCUACGUGCGUCCACAAUUUCGUCGUAAAGGCUACGGUCGACUGCUAUGGCGAGAAUUGGGAGUGUUGGCCAAGGAGCUGCAUGUGAAACGACUGCAGUGGAAUGUACUCGACUGGAAUUCCAGUGCGAUCGCUUUCUAUGAGACGAUGCCGAGCGAGAAUAUCACAAAGAAGGAAGGGUGGUUACUGUAUCGACUAGAUGCCCAGGGGAUAGCUGCUUUGGCAGAAUCGAAGCCGGCGACACGGUAA